AUGGGGACAAAAGUUGAAGAAGAUGUCAAUGUCAAUGACUAUGGUGACAGAAACAUAGAAGACACUAUUACUAGCCAUGUGUUGAGGAUGAAUUCAUACAGGAGAAGAGAUAUUGAUCAGUUGAUUGAGCCGAUGGGUGCAUUGUUUGAUGCAAUUUUCAUGCACAGAUCGCCUAUUCACAUGAAUGUGGUGUCAACACACACAGACAAAAUAGACGAAUGUGGUCACCAAGAAGAAAUACAACUUCUAUCUGAGAAAGUCAAUCAUUUGAAACUUAUAUCAGAGCAAGGUGUUGAGAAUGAUAAACUCAAGGAGCAAAUGGAACUUGGAAAAUCUAAAAGGGAUGCAGCAACACAAGUCGAUAUGUGA